UCGUUCCAAUCCAACACUCCAGCAGGCAGCGUGUUCCACUUCCAUUCUUUGAUUUCUUGCUAUUUAUGUUUUGAAAAAUAUUAAUAAAACUCCAACUUUUCUUUCAAUACAAACAAAUGGGGAAAGCUAAAAAGUUUAAGCCAUCGCAAGUUGCAAAAAAUAUAUCAUUAGCCGAUCAAAUUGAGACCUCAAAUGCCGUAAAGGUUAAAAAUAGAAAAAUCAAAAUCUGGAAUGAAGAUGAUGAAGAAUUUGUUAAUGCUGAUUUGUCGAAAAAAAUAUUAAAAGCUGCAAGGACACAACAGGCAGCAGAAAUCAGUAAUGACUCAAAUAAUGCAAUUUCAAAAACUUCAGCAUCAGUAUCAUUCCUUGAUACAACAUCUGACCAUGAGGAAGGUUCAGACCAAGAUGAUUUGGAACCAGACACUUUCUAUGAUAAUAUUGAAAUCAAUGAAGAGGAUGAGGAGGCCUUGAAACUGUUCAUGUCCUCUAAACCAGAGAAAACAAGAACACUGGCAGAUAUCAUAAAAGAUAAAAUAACAGACAAGCAAACUGAACUCCAAACUCAAUUCUCAGAUGUAGAAACUUUGAAAUUGCAAAAUAUUGAUCCAAGAAUUAAGACAAUGUACGAAGGUGUAAGAGAUGUUUUACAGAAAUAUAGAUCUGGAAAAUUGCCCAAAGCAUUUAAGAUGGUACCACAUUUACAAAAUUGGGAACAAAUACUAUACAUUACUGAACCUACCACUUGGUCAGCAGCAGCCAUGUAUCAAGCAACAAGGAUAUUUGCAUCAAAUUUGAAAGAGAAAAUGGCACAGAGAUUUUAUAACUUAGUACUUCUGCCUAGAGUGAGAGACGACCUGGCAGAAUACAAAAGAUUAAACUUUCAUCUGUAUCAAGCUUUAAGGAAGUCUUUGUUUAAGCCUGGAGCAUUCAUGAAAGGCAUUUUGUUGCCACUUUUAGAGGCUGGUGACUGCACAUUGCGUGAAGCUGUAAUAGUUGGUUCUGUUUUGGCUCGGAAUUCUGUGCCAGUUCUUCAUUCCAGUGCAGCUUUACUGAAAAUUGCAGAAAUGGACUACACAGGCGCCAAUUCAAUAUUUUUGAGAAUAUUGUUUGAUAAGAAAUAUGCACUUCCAUACCGAGUUGUAGACUCUGUAGUUUUCCACUUUAUCAGAUUCCAAAGUGAAUCCAGAGCACUGCCAGUGCUGUGGCAUCAGGCGUUGCUGACCUUCGUCCAACGGUACAAAGCUGACAUAUCCACUGAACAAAGAGAUGCACUUUUAGAACUAUUAAGAAAACAGUCUCACCCUACUGUAACUCCAGAAAUACGGCGGGAAUUACAAGCAGCCAAGUGCAGGGAUGUGGAAGUCAAUGAUCAAGUACAAAACUGUAUGGUUGUUGAAUAAAACAAUAUAAUUAUUGCAUAGUAUACUUUAAUAAACAUAUUAUUAUAACAUA